UAUCAAACGAGGAACCCAGACACGCUGGCGGGCGGGGCGUAUGAUGGUUUGGUCUUUUUCUUCGAUGUUCGACAGGGAUCGAAGCCUGUUGGGAAGUCCUCAUUCGAACAGUCACAUCAUGACCCGGUCUAUGACUUGGUUUGGCUGCAGUCGAAGACCAACAGCGAGUGCGCUACUACUUCUACCGAUGGUAGAGUCUUAUGGUGGGACACACGUAAUCUAUUGGAACCCAUCGAUGAGAUCAUUCUCACUGAUGGGAAUCGGGAGAACCCCAAACAACUGGGUGAGAUGAUGAGAGUCUACUGCGUUGGUCGUUAG